AUGACUUCGAAUCUCACCAAAAAUCUCAAACAGCCUGCGCUGGACUUCUUGUCCUUUGUCAAUGCUUCUCCCACUCGUAGCGUCUCCCGUCAACCCGCAUCAACACACAAGCUGACAUGCAGUCUAGCUUUCCAUGCCGUGAACUCGGCCAAAAACCUUCUCGCGAAUGCGGGAUUCCAAGAAAUCAAGGAGAAGGACUCGUGGGCUUCUACUUGCCGUCCUGGUGGGAAGUAUUACUUGACCCGCAACCAGUCGACCAUUGUGGCUUUCGCCGUUGGCAAGAAGUGGAAGCCUGGAAAUGCGAUCGCCAUGAUUGGAGCUCACACAGACUCCCCUGUGUUGAGGAUCAAGCCGGUUAGUAACAAAAAAGGCGAAGGUUACAUCCAAGUCGGCGUUGAGACCUACGGCGGUGGCAUCUGGCACACAUGGUUUGAUCGUGAUCUAGGAGUUGCGGGUCGCGCGAUGGUGCGGAACGAUGACGGUUCUAUCGUCCAGAAACUGAUCAAGAUAGACCGCCCAAUCCUCCGCAUUCCCACCCUGGCUAUCCAUUUAGAGCGCCAGGAGACAUUCUCCUUCAACAAGGAAACUCAACUUUUCCCAAUUGCGGGCAUGAUUGCCGCGGAACUAAAUAGAACCGGUCAGGCUGAUGGUGGUGCCAUUACUGAGGGUGAGAACGGAGAAUUUUCUCCAUUGAAAGCCAUUACAGAGCGUCACCACCCGCAUAUUGUAGAGCUGAUUGCCGCCGAGGCGGGUGUGAAGCCUGCCAAUGUGCUUGAUUUUGAGAUGAUCCUGUUCGAUACACAAAAGUCUUGCCUCGGCGGAUUGAUGGAGGAAUUCAUCUUUUCUCCGCGCUUGGAUAACCUGAACAGCUCCUUCUGUGCUACGGCUGGUUUGAUUGAUUCCGUAGCCGACGAGUCUGCCCUGAACGAUGAGUCUACUAUUCGCCUGAUCGCCUUGUUCGAUCAUGAGGAAAUCGGAAGCACCACCGCCCAAGGUGCCGAUUCUAGCAUGCUCCCCGCCAUCAUUCGCCGGCUCUCCGUCUUGCCUUCUAUCGCCGGGGACGCCGACACAUCUACCGCCUAUGAGCAGACUUUGUCCACCUCUUUCCUCCUCUCGGCGGACAUGGCACACGGUGUCCACCCCAACUGGUCUGCCAAAUAUGAAAGCGACCACCGGCCGGAGAUCAACAAGGGACCAGUCAUUAAGAUCAAUGCCAACGCUCGCUAUGCGACCAACUCUCCUGGCAUUGUUCUUCUCCAGGAAGUUGCGCGCAAGGCUGUGGAGACCGAAGGCGAAGGUGUCCCUCUACAGCUGUUUGUCGUCCGUAACGACUCCAGCUGCGGAAGCACAAUCGGACCGAUGCUCUCUGCUGCUCUAGGAGCUAGGACUCUCGAUCUAGGUAACCCUCAGCUGAGCAUGCACAGUAUCCGCGAGACAGGUGGAACGUAUGAUGUGGCUCACAGCAUUCGACUCUUUAAGAGCUUCUUCCAACACUACGCCAACACUUCUCAAUCAAUCUUUGUGGAUUAG